AUGACUAUCGUUACAAUAUCUAUGAUGAUCGAUGACGAUAAUAAUAAUGAUAAUAGUGACAGCCGACAACAGCGACAGCCAUUCAUUUUACAGUGCUUUGAAGAAUUUACACAGUUUGAAAUUGAAGAUCAUUUAUCGGUGCACUGCAAUGACCCAAACUAUCGGAUAAUAGGCUUGGUGGCGAUGAUGAUAAUGACGGAAGAAGAUUGUUACCGAUGA